UGUCUAUGUUUUAGAGGGUAGAAAAAGCCUCUUUUUUUUCUCUUUUUUUUUUUUUUUUCCUUUUUCUCCCUUUCCCUUUCCUUUUUAGAUGGAUGAAAACACAGGCAUGCCAGAGAGAUCCGUAGAAUUUAAGUACGAUUUCACCGGCGGUGGCAGUAGCGGAGUUGGUGGUAGCACAGGUGGUUCGAGUGAGGAAGCCGGUAACGGCGUUGGCGGGGUUGUAAAAGAGCAAGAUCGGUUACUUCCAAUAGCAAAUGUGGGGAGGAUAAUGAAGCAAAUUCUACCUCCAAAUGCCAAAAUCUCAAAAGAAGCUAAAGAAACUAUGCAAGAAUGCGUGUCGGAGUUCAUCAGUUUCGUGACGGGGGAAGCGUCGGAUAAGUGCCAUAAGGAGAAGAGGAAGACUGUUAAUGGUGAUGAUAUUUGCUGUGCUUUGGCUACACUUGGAUUUGAUGAUUAUGCUGAGCCUUUGAGAAGGUAUUUGGUUAGGUAUAGAGAUAUGGAAGGGGAAAGAGCUCAACAAAAUAAGGGAUGUUGCAAUAAUAAUAAUAAUAAUAAUAAUAAUAAUAAUAAUGGAUGAGAGAAAUAAUUGGAGAAAUUUGUCACAAAGGAUUUGGAAAUGAAAAAAAAUUGAACUCCCCCCCCCCCCCCCCCCCCCCCCUUUUUUUCUUCUCUUUUUCAAUUGGGUAUUUCUUUUUAUGAAGUUUGUUGAACAGGAUAAGCUCAAAUGGGGAAAUGGGGAAAUGGAGAAAUGUGAUUUGGAGAAGAGGUUUUAUUAUUAUUAUUUUUUUGUAAUUUGAUUUUCUGACUUCUAAAAAAAAACUUUUAAUUUGUGGGUUUUGUUUGGUUUUUGUUUUUGUUUGUAUGUUUAGGCAUGAGGGUUUUUGUUGAAUUAACAUGUUGGGGGAUGUGUAAAAAACCAAAAAGGGUUUGGACACAUUUAGGGUUUGAUUUGGGGAUGUAUAAUUUGGAUGCUACUACUAAUUAAUGAUCUCUUUCUCA